UGCAUUGCUCCCUUCAGUCAGGAAAAUAUUUUUACAAAAAGUCAGAUGAUAGCAAACAAAUGGUAAAUAGUUAGAUACUGACUAAUUAUUUAACAACAAAGUUCAAAAUGUCCACUAGUGCAGAGCCUGAAAAAGAUAUUAAGUUCAAUUUGUUUUAUACUGAGGUAAAGGAAAUAGAAAAGCGAGACUCUGUACUCACACCUAAACAACAAAUCGACCGAUUACUAAGACCAGGAUCAACGUACAGAAACUUGAACCCCUUUGAUGUGCUUCAAGUUGAACCUGAAACUGAACUUGAUGAAAUAAAGAGAAAAUACAGAAGAUUAUCAAUAUUAGUUCAUCCAGACAAGAACCAAGAUGACCCAGAUAGAGCCCAACAGGCAUUUGAAGCCGUAAAUAAAGCUUGGAAAACUUUAGAAAACGAAGAUACUAGAAAAAAGUGUAUGGAUAUUAUUGAAGAAGCUGUAGGAAGGACCGAUUUAAUGCUGACAGAGAAGAGAAAGAAAGCUAAAAAAGAGGGAAAAAAUACAGUUCCUGAAGAUGAUCCUGGACAAUACAAACAUGCUGUGUAUGUUCUGACAAUGAAACUAUUUGCAGAUAUGGAACGAAAGAGGCGUGAGCUAUCAGAGAGGGACCAAGAGGAGAGAAAGAGAAAAAGGGAAGCAGAAAUUGAGGAGGAAGAGAAGGCUAAAGCACAGAAAGAGUGGCAGAAGAAUUUUGAAGAAUCACGACAAAAUAGGGUAAACAGCUGGCAGAAUUUCCAGGCCAACAAGAAAUCAAAAGAUAAAUCGAGUAAAAAAAUUAAAACCUUUAAGCCACCAAAAAAUAAACCCGAGUCUAGAUAGGUGGAAUGUGUGGACAGAUGUGGAAUAGUUUUAAUACGUGUGUAGUAUAUAUUCUUUUGUUACAAUAACAAAAAAUGAUGAUUUGAACUGUUUAUCUAAAUAGGGGAGUACAGCUAUGUAUUCGUUUUGGAUUCAUUUCGUUUUAACACAUGCAAAAAGUUUAUGAUACACAAGAAGCAGAAAAGUGGCAGAUAUUUUUUUGUGGUUUAAUUUUUUAAAUAAUUUAUUUGAGAUAUGUUAUUGAAAUAUUGUCUGAUAUUUACUGUGAUUGUUCUAAUCUUUGUUACUGAAACAAAAGUGUAGUUAAAAAAAAACUCAAUUCACUACAAUAUCAGACAACUCAAUAGGAUAUUUUUUGGACCGAAGUGUUAAAAAUUCUAACCUAAAGUAUUUUUAUAAGUAAAUUUUUUAAACUUUUGUUCAUAUCCUUUUUGCUUAUAAAAAUACAUUUAAUCAACGAAAUAUCUUGUACAGUAUACACUUUUAGCCAUUUUUAUUUUAUAUAUUUUCUUGAAAAGUAAUUGUUAUUUUUUUCUAAAUAAAGGACCUAAUUGGUUUUUUU